CCUCGUCCUACCCACGGCAUCCGAGUUUGGGGGCCCGCGCGGACUGCUUGGGCCAGCGCCUGACCCACCAUCCAACCCGCGGGGUGGACGCCCAGGGGACCUGUAGCAAGCAGGCAGGGCAGCCAGGCGCCCAAACGGCGCAUAGGCAGCACAGACCAUUUCGAACUACACAUGCGGAGCAUGCAAGCAUGAGCCCCAAGCGUGCGGGAAAGAUCGUGUCUUGUCAGGGGGGAAUGGGCGCAGUGGGGGCUGCAUCGACCCCCGGUCGCUCACUGAUCGCCGACGCGGGCCCGACAGCCUGCUCCGCCCAGGAUCGUGCGGCUCCGCUAUCGGGGGGCCUGUCGCCGAUCCAUUGGCAAUGUAUCGCCGAUGUGCCAUUUCGUCCCCCAAGGAGGGUGCUGGGCCUCCGGCACUUCGACUCGCAGGUCAUGGGCGGCAUUGUGCUCCACGAGGGGGGCGUCGCCGAGAUGGCCACAGGCGAGGGCAAGACCCUCGCGGCCAUUCUGCCGGCGUUCCUGCACUCCCUCGGCGGCGACGGAGUGCACGUCGUGACCACCAACGACUACCUUGCGCGCCGAGACGCCGAGUCCGUUGGUCAGGCUCUCCGCUUCCUGGGGGCGUCUGUAGGGUUCGUGCAGGAGCAUAUGGACGCUGGGCAGCGACAGCAGGCCUACGGCUGCGACGUAACGUACGUGACGAACGUGGAGCUGGCGUUCGACUACCUCCGCGACCAGAUGGCGCUGUCCCCCGGGGACCUGCGCCUGAGGCAGGGCAGGCCGUUCCACUUCGCCAUCGUGGACGAGGUGGACUCGGUGCUCAUCGACGAGGCGCGCUCCCCGGUGGUGAUCUCGGCGACCGCGGACAGGCCCUCCGAGAAGUACGCCGUGGCGCUGCAGCUGGCAGGGGCGCUCCGGAGGGACGUGCACUACACCCUCGAGGAGAAGCAGAAGCUGUGCACCCUCACGGAGGCUGGCGUCGUGGAGUCUCAGAGGAUGCUGCGCAAGGACGACCUGUUCGACCCGCAGGAUCCGUGGGCUCCGUUCGUGGUGAACGCCCUCAGCGCGAGGGAGUUUUACGCGCGGGACAAGGAGUACAUCCUGCGCGACGGCAAGGUCGUGAUCGUCGACGGGUCUACCGGUCGGCCCAUGUCUGGGCGCCGCUGGAGGAACGGGCUGCAUCAAGCGAUCGAGGCCAAGGAGGGGGUCCAGAUCGAGCCCGAAUCGAUGACUUUGGCGACGGUGUCCUACCAGAGCUUUUUCCGGCUCUUCGAGAAGCUGGCGGGCAUGACAGGAACCGCCGCCACGGAGGCACAGGAGUUCGAGCAGAUCUACGAUCUGAAGGUCUCGGUCGUGCCGACCAACCGUCCGUGCCAGCGGAAGGAGGGCGACGACCAGGUGUACAUGAGCGAUGAUGCCAAGUGGUCGGCGGUGGCGCGCGAUGUGCAGGCCGCUCACCUCAGCGGCCGCCCUGUGCUCGUCGGCACCACCAGCGUCGAGAGCUCGGAGCGGCUCUCCGGGCUGCUCGACCGCCUCGACGUGCCCCACCGGGUGCUCAACGCUCGCCCCGAGAAUGCCGCCAACGAGGCGGAGAUCGUCGCCCGCGGCGGCCGCCGCGGGGCCGUGACAAUCGCCACCAACAUGGCCGGCCGCGGCACGGACAUCGUGCUUGGGGGCAGCGCGGACUACCUGGCGUUGCUGCGGGUGCGCGAGGCGCUCUUCCCGCUGCUGCUGCCCGAAGGCGCCGAGCGCUGGGCGGUGCCGGGGGACUUCUACCCCGCCGCGCUCUCCGCGGGCGCGGAGGCGGCGCUGCGGGAGGCCGCGGCGGGCGCGGCGGCGCGCUUCGCGGCGGAGGGCGCGGGCGGCGAGGACGCCGAGCUGCGGGCGGGCGGGCUGCUGGCGGCCGCGUGCCAGGCGGAGGCGCCGGCGGGCGCCGAGGAGCAGCUGCGGCAGGCCUACGAGCUGGUGGCCCAGGAGAUGGAGGCCGCGGUGGCCUCCGAGCGCGAGGCGCUGGCGGCGCUGGGCGGGCUGUACGUGGUGGGGACCGAGCGCCACGAGUCCAGGCGCAUCGACAACCAGCUGCGGGGGCGCGCCGGGCGGCAGGGGGACCCGGGCGAAGCCAGGUUCUUCCUGAGCCUGACGGACAGCGUCUUCCGCGUCUUCGGUGGCGACGCCAUCGGUGCCCUGGCAGGCGCGGGCGGCCCCGCCGACGUGGCCAUCAGCUCGCCGCUUCUCAGCGGUGCCCUGGACGAGGCGCAGCAGCGGGUGGAGGGCUACUACUCUGGCAUCCGGAAGGAGGUGUUCGACUACGACUGCGUGAUGGACCAGCAGCGCAAGGUGCUGUACGACCUGCGUCGCAAGGCGCUGCUCGGGAGCGACGAGGAGCUGCAGGGCGUGCUCCUCAGGUUCAACGCCGAGAACAUGGAGGAGUUGUCGGGCCUGGUCGACCCUGCGGCUCCCGUCGCCCAGUGGCCCUUCGAGCAGCUGUCCCGGAAGCUGUCCGCCUGGUUCACGGGCUGCUUCGCGGUGGCCCCAGAGGAGCUCGCGGCGCGGGCGUCUGGUGGCGGCGAGGCGGCCGCGGUUGCCCUGCGGGAGUGGAUGCUCGCGGAGAGCCGACAGGCCAUCCAGAAGAAGUUCGCGCUCAUCGACGAGCACGGGCCGGGUCUGCGCCACCCCGUGUGGCGGCAGAUCUUGUUGAUGCAGAUCGAUAAGUUCUGGAGGCGACAGCUGCAGAACAUGGAGUUCUUGAGGGACGCCGCGAAGCUGAGGGCCUACGGGCAGCAGAACCCCCUGACCGAGUUCAAGAUGGAGGGCUACAAGGCCUUCCUGGGCAUCAUGGGCCGCAUACGCCGCAACUCCGUCUACAGCCUGUUCACCUUCAUGCCCCAGCCGCUCGUGCCGGUGGAUGCCGCUCGCUUGGACACCCUGGCGCCGCCAGCCCACGGCACAGCGCCCCCGGAUGCCGAGGCGGUCGCGGAGGACGCGAGGCGCGCGCUGGCGCAGCUCGCUGCCCAGGGGCAGCCCGCGCUGCUGCCCCUGCCCGCCCUCGAGGCCCAGCUGCAGGCCGCGGGGGUGCGCUCUGGCGGCGCGCGGCUGCGGUGGGCGGCGGCGGCACCGGGGCUGCGGCUGCUGGAGGACGAGUUCGCGAGGGCGGUGUACGUGGGCCUGGAGCGCUGAGCUGCGCAGCGGCAUCGCAUAGCCUAUCCCUACCCCCACUGGGCCAGAGUAAUAUCUCAGCCUCGCACCAGCCCGCCCUCCUACCAGGGGAUCGGCCCCGCGAAUCUCGAAGGAACAGGCCCCUGGGACCAAUCCCAUCGGUUGGGAGGCUUCGAGCCCUCGGCCCCGGAUCAGAUGUCUCCGCCAAGGUGGCCACGUUGGCCAGUGAGGCCAGGGCCGCGCCAGUGCGGCUAGGAAUCGGCCCACCCAUGCUCGGCUAAGAGCUUCCUCGGGCGCCGUGGUGCGCGGAGCGCGGGGCGCGGGGGGCGGUGUGCGUGGGCCAUGUUCGACGAAGCAACCUCGGCGGC